AUGGAUUCUGCCGGCUAUCCUCUGAUGCUGGCGGGGUGUGCUCUGUGUCUGCAGUACGGCCGCACCCCCCUGCACCUGGCUGCCUAUAAAGGUCAUGCGGAGGUCGUGCGGAUCCUGCUGACGGCUGGCUGCGACCUGGACGUGCAGGACGAUGGUGAGCAGACGGCCUUACACCGCGCAGCAGUGGUGGGCCACACUGACAUCAUCUCUGCCCUGAUCCAGGAAGGAUGCGCCCUGGACCGACAGGACAAGGAUGGCAACACCCCUUUGCAUGAGGUCUCUUGGCAUGGGUUUAGCCAAUCGGUCAAGCUGUUGGUUAAGGCUGGUGGCAACGUCCAUGCGAAGAAUAAGGCAGGAAACACGGCUCUCCACCUUGCGUGUCAGAACGGCCACGCCCAGAGCUGUCGAGUGCUGCUAGUAGGAGGGUCCCGGCCGGACAGCAAGAACAAUGUGGGCGAUACCAGCUUGCAUAUCGCAGCCCGCUACAACCACGUGGCUGUGAUCAAGAUACUACUCGGUGCCUUCUGCUCUGUGGCCGAGAGGAAUCAGGUGGGAGAUACAGCUCUUCAUAUCGCUGCCACUCUGAAUCAUAAGAAAACUGCAAGACUCCUUCUGGAGGCAGGAGCUGACAGCACCAUCCAGAACAAUGCAGGUCAGACUGCGCUGCACCAGGCCAGAGAGCACAACAACCCGGAUGUGGCUUUGCUGCUGACCAAAGCGCCUCAGGUUCAAAGUUUCGCGCGAGGGAGGUGUGUGAGGAAGCGAAGGGACAAGCUGAAGGCGGAGCGACGGGCGAACUCCGUCCCCAGAGAUGAACUGCUACCGAGCAAGGAAAGUGCAUCGAUAGCCGGGGACACCCAGAGCAGCGACCAGGCGAUCCAAAUAUCCAGCGACCGACGGAGUGACCCCACGGAGAACGCAGUGAAAUCCCACCCCAAAAAGCACAGAAAGAAGAAACUAAAGGAAAAGUCCAUGCUGUCUGAGCCGCUCUCCAAGCGAGAGAACAGACGCUGCGAAACUAAUCACAAGAGGAGCAGGCGGCGUGGCUCCUCCCCUCUGGCCCCGCCCCCUCACUGCUAUAAAGCCUAUCAGCUGUACACCCUGUACCGGGGCAAGGACGGGAAGAUCAUGCAGGCUCCGUUGAAUGGUUGUCGGUGCGAACCCCUUCUCAACAGACUAGAGAACCAACUGGAGGCCACCAAAGAGGAGAUGAAGUCUGAGAUUCACACUGCUCAGGAGCAGAUGAACUGCAAACUGGGGCAGAUUGACCGCAAGAACAAACACCAGAUUAAAGUGCUGGACAAACUCAUGCAAGAGAGGGUGUCAGCUGAGAGGGUGGCGUGUCUUCAGCGAAUUGAGCAGAGGGUCACCUUGGAACGUCUCGAGGGGGAGAAGAGACAGCAGGCCUCUGUGGUGAACGACCUGAAGAGCUGGUGCCUCUCCAAGGUGCAGCACGUGGAGGGACGCCUACGCGGUGACUCCCGCCACACCAGGCCACGCCCGUCUCCGCCCCCCGGACAGGCCCCCGUCGAGGCUGACCCGGAGGGCCUCCCGGAGCCGCCGCCUCCCUGCGGGGACGGCCCUAGCCCAGCAGAGGGCGCUUCUGAGUCCGCUGCAGAGGAGGCACCAGGGAGGCAGUACUUUGUGGUUAAGCUGGACAGCUCUCCAGACGAAAGGCAGCCCGCGCCAGAGCUCAAUGCACCCACAGGCAACAAGUCACUGCCAUCCUCACCCCGCAUCGUCCGCCCCAAGGAGCGAGCCCUCGCCUCUACUGACCCCCGGAGGCCGCAUCGGGAACUGCAGGACGUGGCCCCCGGGGAGCCCAGGCCGCAGCUGAACUGUGACGGCUACUUCAGCAGGGCGAGCAGCCUGUCCCCUGCCACCGGGCGGCGCUGCAGCGGCAGGCAGUACCGGAGCUGGGAGAGAGACGGCGAUGGUUUCCAGGCUAAGGACAGAGAGAGGGGCCGGCACAGGGCAAGGCACCAUAAGAAGCAAGCUCUGGCCUGGGCUAAGAGCCACACGGCCUCCCGGACGCUGGAGUUUUUUGCGGACCGGCCGGCAGAGCCGUCCUUCACCCAGGUGCGGGAUAACAUGCACGCGGUGGAGGUGACGCAGUACUUCUUCGAGGCCGUGUCGACGCAGCUGGAGCAGUGGUACGAGAGGAAGAUCCAGGAGGCCCGCUGGCUGGCAGAGCAGCAGGCCCAACAGGACCGGGCCGCCCUGCUGGAGCGGAUCAGCAGCCUGGAGGAGGAGCUGCAACUGCUCAGGACCAACGCGCAGGAGGACAGCUAGCACAGGCAGCUCAACGGCGCCGCCCUGCUGGGCUCCAUCACAUUACACUUCUGAGGAAGUAAAAAAGUGAACUAUAAUAAAAAAAACUGUCAAAAGAUUAUGGUGUAGGGACUAAAGCACUGGGAUAUGAGCUACAUGGAGCACUGAAUUGAGUAAAUUGCCCCAAUAUAUUGCCAUUGUAUGUAACCCCAGAUAAAAGCCUCUGCUAGACACCGUUAAUUCAGUGUAAGCUGUGGAAAUUGAAAGUGGUGAUCACACAAACAACUUGUAUUCAAAAACACUGUCCCUAGUAGUCAAAACUAGGACCCGGAUUUAUCCAUUUUAUCUGGAAGAUUUUAUAGCUUCCUGAUCUGCCUCAUCUGGUCUUGUUUUAGCCAUCUGUGAAAUUUUAAUUUGUCAGUUCAUAACUCUUUUUCACACAGUGAACAGGGCAUUGAUGUAAAAGCACAUCAGUGAUACACCCAAGGAGAGGAACAGUCAACAAUGUCUCAGAAUUACGCAAAAAAAAAAAUUACUCUUUACCUUGUUUGUGUAGUAUUGGGCUCCUAGUGAUGGUGAUAGCAGUGAUUUAUUUGUAGAUCUCACGUAUAUGUGGACUCCACCAGCAUAGUAUUGAGCAGUACAUAUGUUUGAACUGCUGUACCUGAGUAUUCCUUCAUUUAUGGAGGAAAUAUCCAGCAGUUUACAGUUUUACUAGGACAGAGUACAUUGUUUCGAGAAGAGAGAGGACGUGUAGAGUGUUUGGUCUUUUCCACCGUGUAGUAGAAUUGGUCUUUUUUGUUUUUGUGUUUCUAUAUUUCUAAAAUAGUGUAACAAGCCAUUUCUAAGCUCUAGGGUCAUAUUUAAAGCUCUUUUCUACACUCAGUUUUGAAGGAAAUGAUUAACAUAAGCUAAGCUCAUUUCAGCUUUAAGAUGUUACAUAGAGGAUGUCAGAGACUAUGACUGUGAAGAUGAUAGCUGAAAUAUCAUAAUCCAAAGAGACAUUUUCAAAAGAUUAACAUUCCACUACAAUUCACCCACAGGUAAACCUGUGUAUAUUUCAAUAUUUUUAUCAUUUUUCAAAGUCUUUGCUAGAGAAUUGUUUGAAAAUAUGAAUGUACAAAGUGGCAAAAAACAGAAGAAAGAAAUGUUUGGUGUGGAAGGUCAAGGAAAUGCCUUUCAAGGCUUAUCUGUAUGUAACCCCAGACUGAAUUGAUGUGUAGGUUUUGAGUAAUAGUGUUAAAUCUCAGACUGCAUUCUCUUCAUAC